AUGGCCUCCUCCAGCAAGCUCUCGCGCGGCCAAGUCGCCUCUGCGCAGGUCAGUGGCGACUUCGCUAUCAAACCAGAGUCUUCCGCUCCGGCACUGGACACCUCCCAAUGGCCGCUCCUCCUCAAAAACUACGACAAACUGCUUGUGCGCUCUGCCCAUUUCACCCCCAUCCCGUGCGGCUGCAGCCCAUUAAAGCGCGACAUCACCACCUAUGUCAAGUCUGGUGUCAUUAACCUGGACAAGCCGUCCAACCCAUCCUCCCACGAAGUCGUCGCAUGGCUCCGCAGGAUCCUCCGCGUCGAGAAAACCGGUCACAGCGGCACCCUUGACCCCAAGGUCACAGGCUGUCUGAUCGUGUGCAUUGACCGCGCAACACGCUUGGUUAAGUCGCAGCAGGGUGCAGGAAAGGAGUACGUCGCUGUCCUCCGCAUACAUUCAGCACUCCCCAACCCCACUGCCCUCCCUCGCGCCAUUCAGACCCUCACCGGCGCGCUCUUUCAACGCCCUCCACUCAUAUCCGCCGUGAAGCGCCAGCUCCGCGUCCGCACCAUCUAUGAAUCCAACCUGCUCGAGUUCGAUGAAAAGCGCAACCUCGCUGUCUUCUGGGUCUCCUGCGAGGCGGGCACCUACAUCCGUACGCUCUGUGUACACCUCGGUCUACUCCUCGGCGUCGGUGGACACAUGCAGGAGCUGCGCCGAGUGCGAAGUGGGGCGCUGAGCGAGAACGACGACAUGGUGACCAUGCACGACGUCCUCGACGCGCAAUGGAUGUACGACAACACACGCGACGAGUCGUACCUCCGUCGGGUAAUCCGUCCGCUCGAGGCACUCCUCGUCGGCUACAAGCGCAUCGUUGUUAAAGAUAGCGCGGUCAACGCUGUCUGUUACGGCGCGAAGCUCAUGAUCCCCGGCCUGCUCCGCUAUGAGGCAGACAUCGCGCUCAACGAGGAGGUCGUGCUAAUGACCACCAAAGGCGAGGCGAUCGCGCUCGCUAUCGCGCAAAUGUCCACCGUCGAGCUCGCCACCUGCGACCACGGCGUCGUCGCUAAGGUGAAACGCUGCAUCAUGGAGCGCGACACGUACCCGCGCCGGUGGGGGCUCGGGCCAAAGGCGCUUGAGAAGAAGAAGAUGGUCAAGGACGGCAAGCUUGGCAAGUUCGGUGAGAAGAUCGAUGCGACGCCCGCGGAGUGGAGCCGCGACUACGUCGACUACAACCGCGACCCCCAACCUGCGCCCGCGGGUCAGGCGACCUCAGUGGCGCCACCGACCGCGGUGGCGCCAUCGAGUCCGGAGAAGGAGAAGAAAGACAAGAAAGAGGAGAAAAAACGGAAACGCAAGUCAGAGGCGGCCGAUGCAGACGUUUCGAUGGCCGUCGACGGCGAGGGCGCUGUGGACGCGGACGUGGAGGACGAGGCGGCGAAGGCGGAGCGCAAGCGGCUGAAAAAGGAGAAGAAGGCGGCGGAGAAGGCAGCGAAGGGUGAGGGGGACGAGGCCGAGGAGGACGAGGCGCGCCGGGAACGCAAGCGUCUGAAGAAGGAAAAGAAGGCGAGGGAGAGUCUCGGUGGGGAUGUAUGA